AAUUCGCUCCACUAUUGAUGCCAAUUGAAAGACGACUGCAAACACUUGCGGUUCUGUAUUACAGCAGUUCCUUCCUCUUUAUCGGGAGUCUAUCGGUCUUUACAUUAAUAUUUUUACUCUUCACGCGGUAUUACUUCAUAUCAUUUUUAUACAUUUUAUGGCUUAUUUAUGACCGAAACGUCUGCAAUCAGGGCGGACGAAUUAAUUAUUGGGUUAGAGAGUGGACUCUUUGGAAGCAUUUCGCCGAUUAUUUUCCCCUCAAAUUAAUUAAGACAACAGAUUUGGAUCCAAACAAGAAUUACAUCUUCGGCUGUCAUCCGCACGGAAUCCUCUGUUUCUCAUAUUUCGGCAAUUUUGCGACCGAAGGCACGCAAUUCUCGCGUGUUUUCCCAGACAUUACUCCACACUUACUCACACUUGAGGGACAAUUUUGGUUCCCAAUAAAUCGGGAACUAUUUAUUAUGUCAGGCAAAGGACACGCUUUGGUAUUAAUGGUUGGCGGAGCCAUUGAAGCCCUCGACGCCGUACCCAAUACUCUCAGAUUAACGUUAAAUAAAAGGAAAGGGUUUAUUAAAUUAGCCCUAAGGAACGGCGCAUCAUUAGUUCCUGUGAUCUCUUUUGGAGAAAAUGAGUUAUUAAUACAAAAAGAAAACGAAGAAAAGUCUUUAAUUCGUAAAAUUCAAACUUUUAUGACAGAAUCGCUCGGAUUCUCUCCCCCUAUGUUUCAC